GGGUCAGAGGGUCCAAACUUCAUAUUCAAAGAAACAUGGAAAAGACCAGAAAUACCGAGUCAACGGUCGGUCCAUUCGUUCUUUAUAAACAUGCAGAUUGCCAAAGACCAUUUCCAUCUUCUUCGUUCUUAGAAAAUGCAAGUGAACGCUCAGAAAUCAACUACCAUGGAAGCGGUAAGAAUUCCGGCCAGGCGACCUCCUUUGGCUGGAGUCACGGUGGAGAGGUUUCCCGGACGGAGAAGUUGUUAUGUGGCGUGUCCUAAUUCGUCUCCUGGGCUCCGACCCAAGUGCACUUGCUCCAACCAUCCUGGUUCAGCCCGGUGCAGCCGCCACGGAUACAUGGUACCCAGCCAGAAGUCAAGGAACGGAAGUCCUAAUAAAGAGAUCUUGAGAAGGGCGUUGACACCGCCGAACCGGCGGAUGACUCUUAGGUGGUGGAAUUUCCGGCCAACGCCUAGCCGGCUGUCUAACAUGUCCAUGGCUUAAGGUGCAGGUGUGGCGACCCUCUAUUAAAUUUGUUGGUUUUGAGUGGGGGAAGAAAGAAACAGAGCAUGCAAAAGAUCUUAAAUUUUAGUUGAUUUAUAUUGUAUAUUUUAAAGUCUGCAAUUGGAAUAGAUUUUGGAAAAUCAUCAAUUUCUAUCAAUUCGUUUUUAUGUUCUUAUUACAAAUCAUUGAAAAGGGGGAGUGUUCCGUGGAACACGCUACACCUUAUCAUUCCGAUAACAACUCAAUAUAAACAUCAUAAGUGAAG